UUUCAUCCACUCGACUCCCCGUCCAUGCAUAGCCACACAAACACCAGAGUCACCUGCCACUGCGACCGUGCUAGCUAAACCCUACACCCGCCAUACAAUGCCUAUUGUCCACUCGGCGCGAAACAGAGCUCUAUUCUCGGAACUUAGCCGACGAGAUGGGUGGACACGAUAGAGCCCAAUUUUCCCAUCUCGCGGUGAGGAACGUCACUCGUCUCUAGAUUUUCGCAGUAAAUAUCCCAAAGGUAGGGCCUGUCUUUGUCUGCUCAUUCCAUUGUUUCGUACGUCUCUUUUCAUAUCGCUUCCAUAUCGCUUUCGGAUUGCUUCCUUAUCCCACUGUUUCACACGCUCAAGUCACUUCUUUGAGGUUCGCCGGUCCGACCUCUUGACCAUAAUACUGUCACCACGCUUCCAUCUCCAAGACAAUGGCUCCAGCUACAUCGUCUCCCAGGCUUUCGAGGAUAUCCCUUGUAUGCCUCUUUGCCUCGCUCAUCACAGCUACACAUGCAUCGCAUCUCUUUCUCCGUCAAGCAGAAACAUGCGGAGGGAACGCAGACCUGCAGCAGUGCGGAUCAGACUUCCCGUCUUCCUUUUGCUGUCCCAAGGACUCAACAUGCAUGGCUCUCAACGGUGGAGACAUACAAUCAGUCAUCUGCUGCCCAUCCGGUUCAGACUGCGCCUACAUUCAGCCAACCACUUGCGACACCACGCAGCUGAACGCUACCCUGCACCCAGACAACCAAAUGCAUCUCUCCGAGACCGACGGCAUUGACUUACCCAAAUGUGGUGACAAAUGCUGUUCAUUAGGCUACACAUGUCAGGGCACCAUGUGCGCCAAAGACACCUCCCCAUCACCGACCCCAUCUCCAACAUCAUCCGCAAACGCAACGCCUUCCUCCACUAGCCCCGCCUCCGCAUCCCAGACUUCCAAUUGCCCAGCAACCGCACCCAUUCAAACAAAGCAGGGCUUCGACGGAAAGUCCUUUGCAGCCGGUUUCUUCCCUGGCAUAGUCAUCGGCGCCCUCAGCACCUUGGCCCUGAUCUGGAUCAUCAAGAAAAGACGCGAAUCCCAGUCUAAGGAGCGCUACUCUGGCGACUUUGGCCAUGUAGCUCGUCAAAUUAGCGACCCCAUCUACGACCCUCAACACGCUGCACGGACAGACUUCAUGCGUCGGGGCAGCCACUCCGCCCACUCAAGCCCCAAUUCAACAGACCGAAUAGUCCAAGGCAUGAAGGAAACAAACGCCAACCCACCUAUCCACGGCUUCACACCCAGGAUAAAAAGCAUGUGGGACCGCACUCCCAAACUAAACUUUGGGUUUACGGGUGGUCUCCCAUCAAAUCCCGCUCCCCCCGUCCGUGCAGGAAAUCCAUAUACCGAUCCUUACCAAACCCCGCCCCCGAAACCGAAACGCAUCCACUCUGCCAGUCGGCGCACGAGUUCCCUCCGUACGAGUACCCAGACAUUCAACACACUACAGCCAGGACAACACCGUCCCAAUGUGGCAAGGAGCGGCAGCUCAGAAACUAUCGAUGUCUUGAUGCCUGCACCGAGUUUCUUAGCUCCGCCACAGGCACCGGGUAUGCGGCGCGAUAAUCGCUACACAACCGACUCGGCCAACACAACAUUUACUAAACUCAUGGAGAGGGCGGGGUUUGAUGAGAGCGCGCAGCAGGAGGUCAAGGCGUGGAGGACGCCUCGGGCUUAGACUGCGACGCUUUGCUUCAUGUUUGUUCCAUGAUUUUCUCUUCUCUUCGUACAUAUAUUCUACACUCUUUGAUGCCUCUUUUGCUAGAGAAGGCGUUUGAGCAUUUAUUUCGUUAUGGUAGGCUGGCAACCUCACAGCAUUUGCAUUUGGCUUCGGCGUUGGCUUUUCUUUAUAUGAUACCACAUAGGCAGGCCUUUAGUCGCUCUCUACGAGCUGUUCCUUUUACCAGGCGAAAAUCGAUAUUACCAUCAACAUCAACAUCUUCCACUGCCUCA